AUGAUUCUCAGAACGACAAAAAAUGAAAUUAUUGAAAUAUCCGAGUCUGGUCCAAAAUCUGAUACUUCACUACACAGUAUGUUCCAAUCUAUUUCUGCUUUCACUACUCUCCAAAAAGAUGAAGAAAUUGAUCAAAUCGUCCCAAAUGCCAAAAUUCAAAAUUUCACUUCUAUCGUGUAUGACAGUUGUGAACCAGAUCAACCAUUGGUUUACAUUGCCUACAGACCAUUUGCUAUAAUGAAAUUUUCCGAGCACAAAGAGAAUGAAAACGUUAAAUUUCAAUUGAGUAUAUCUGGAAAGAUAAUUGAUUUUGGGUGA